UUUCUUUGUACAGAUGUCCAUGUGAGAUGCUUUAACUCUCCCUUUCUUUCACAGACCUCAAGGGAAAAAAAUAAAAAAAGAAAGUGAUUCUUAUUUAUAUAUAUUUGUAUCUUUCACAUGUGGCAAGAGCUGCUUCUCCUUCAUCUGUUUCCUUUCCUCCAUUAAUGUACUUUUCUAUUCUUUGCUAAUUUCACGGACCAAGAACAGUAAGAAGAGAUAAGACCCAGAAGCAAGAAACCAAGAAAUCAAAGAUUUUAAGAUCUGAUUGCAUUGUUUUUAGUUUGUUGUUUUUAUGGAGCUUCUUCAAAGAAGAGGAGCUCUUUCUGGUCUUUCGGUGCUGGUUUUGCCUCUUCUUUUGCUUGGUUUGUUUAGUCCAUUGAGCCAUGCCUCUCUUUCUACCUUCUCGGAAUCGCAUGUUCCAAAACCUAGGCAUUUACCUUUACUGAAUAGUGCUUUGCAGCAUGAGACUUCACAGGAAAAGCAGUCUGAUCUCUGGGUUCCUUUGGCUGAUCAAGGAUGGAGGACGUGUGCUGAAUCUACAAAUGCCCCUUCAUUACCAGAAAAAUCUGAGGGUUAUCUUCAAAUAUUUCUUGAUGGAGGUUUGAACCAGCAGAGAAUGGGGAUAUGUGAUGCUGUAGCGGUAGCUAAAAUACUGAAUGCAACACUUGUCAUCCCACAUUUUGAAGUCAAUCCUGUUUGGCGAGAUUCAAGCUCAUUCAUGGAUAUAUUUGAUAUUGAUCACUUUAUUGAUGUGUUGAAGGAUGACAUUUCUAUAGUUAAAGAGCUGCCUGAGGAAUUCUCCUGGAGCACAAGGGAGUACUAUGCCACUGCUAUAAGAGCUACAAGAAUUAAGAUGGCACCUGUUCAUGCUUCAGCUAAUUGGUAUCUGGACAACGUAUUGCCUGUACUGCAGAGUUAUGGGAUUGCUGCCAUUUCCCCAUUCUCUCACCGUCUGACUUUCGAUAACUUGCCAAUGGACAUCCAACGUUUGCGUUGUAAAGUCAAUUUUCAAGCAUUGAUUUUUGUACACCACAUUAGAGCACUGGGAGAUGCUCUUGUAAAUCGCCUCAGGUAUCCUUCUGAAGAACCUGAACCAUUUAGUACUAAUUCCUUGCGGGAGACUACAGAUAAGAUUGAUGGAAACAAAGCGAGAAAGUUUGUUGUGAUACACCUUCGUUUUGACAAGGAUAUGGCUGCCCAUUCAGCCUGUGAUUUUGGUGGGGGCAAAGCUGAGAAAUUGGCUCUGGCCAAGUACCGACAAGUAAUUUGGCAGGGAAGGGUUCUUAAUUCACAGUUCACUGAUGAAGAAUUGAGGAGUCAGGGCCGUUGCCCAUUGACUCCUGAAGAGAUUGGAUUACUUCUUGCAGCCUUGGGCUUUGAUAACAGUACUCGUCUAUACCUUGCUUCCCACAAGGUUUACGGCGGAGAAGCUAGGAUUUCAACUUUAAGAACAUUGUUUCCACUGAUGGAAGACAAAAAGAGUCUUGCAUCGUCAGAGGAACGAGCACAGAUUAAAGGAAAGGCUUCCUUGUUAGCUGCAGUUGAUUACUAUGUUGGUUUACACAGCGACAUCUUCAUCUCUGCUUCUCCAGGAAAUAUGCACAACGCAUUGGUGGGACAUCGAACUUAUAAGAACCUGAAGACCAUAAGGCCAAACAUGGCAUUAUUAGGCCAACUGUUCCUGAACAAAAACAUUAGUUGGUCAGAUUUCCAGCAAGCAGUUCUUGAAGGGCAUGAAAACAGACAAGGGGAAAUCAGGCUUAGGAAACCAAAAAAGUCCAUCUACACAUAUCCUGCUCCUGAUUGCAUGUGCCAAGCUUAGAGGUGAUUUAUCUAAAAAUACUGAAGGAUGUGAAGUUAUGAUCUUUACUCUAGUUAUUUGGCACCACAGCUAUUGUUUGUGGCUUGCAAUAUUGGUUGGUAUCAUAAAUAAAGAGGAAUUCCAUUUCUUCUUCCAUGAAAGAGAGAGAACAGAGUAAUUUAGUGAGAGAAUAUGGGGUCUUUAUAGGAGAGAGUGAUUUAGAUAGUGAUUAUGUAUUUGUCAACUUAUGGAUUAUUGUGGACCAUGUUUGUAGACCAGAAGAAAAUAUUGUGAUGUAUAAUUCAUUAGGUCACAGCUGUAUUCUGUACCACUCCUGUUUGUGAAACUGACUUUAUGUGUUACAUUGGAUAUCAAUCUUUGGUUCUUUGUAACUAGUCGAAUAUAUAUGAGUAUUUGAUUUUUGAUGUUA